GGGAGUUUCCCCAAGAACUUCAAGAAAAUGGGUUCCAUGACCACUGACAGAAUAAGUGUGGAAGGGCAAGAGCUCGACCUAGAGGACAACUUACGAACUGAGAGGGCACAUUGGUUGCUUAAUUCUCCAGACCCACCUCCUCCAUGGAAAGAUCUCAUCAGUUCAGUGAGAGAGACCCUCUUUCCUCAUGCACACAAACUCUCUGCACCAUCCACCAAGCAGUCUAGAUUCAGACCAGUUUUUUCAUUCUUCAAGAGCCUAUUUCCAAUCCUAAGCUGGGGAAGAAACUAUAAAGCCUCGAUGUUUAAGAAGGACUUGAUGGCAGGUUUAACUCUUGCCAGUCUCAGCGUUCCUCAGAGCAUUGGUUAUGCUAAUUUGGCAAAACUGGAUCCUCAAUAUGGCCUCUAUACAAGUGUUGUCCCUCCUCUGAUUUAUGCUGUAAUGGGGAGCUCAAGAGAGAUUGCCAUUGGUCCAGUAGCGGUGGUUUCUUUGCUUCUAUCCUCCAUGAUUCAGAAAAUUGUAGAUCCCAUAGCUGAUCCAGUCGCUUAUAGAAAAGUUGUUUUCACUGUCACUUUCUUUGCUGGCACCUUCCAAGCUGUCUUUGGAUUAUUCAGGUUGGGCUUCCUUGUGGAUUUUCUCUCACACGCUGCCAUUGUUGGAUUUAUGGGUGGUGCAGCCAUCGUCAUUGGCCUCCAACAACUGAAGGGGUUACUUGGUAUUAGUCAUUUCACCACUAAAACCGAUGUGGUCUCUGUGGUGGAGGUCGUUUUCAGAUCACUUAGCCAUUCAUGGUAUCCUUUGAAUUUCGUCAUCGGGUGUUCGUUCUUCAUCUUCAUCCUAAUUAGCAGGUUUAUUGGCAGAAGGAACAACAAACUCUUCUGGUUGCCAGCCAUUGCACCUCUUGUAUCAGUCAUUUUAUCCACCUUGAUAGUCUACCUAACGAAAGCAGACAAACAUGGAGUUAAAAUUGUAAAACAUUUCAAAGGAGGGUUGAAUCAAAGUUCAGUUCAUCAGUUACAACUCAAUGGUCCACAUGUAGGACAAGCAGCGAAAAUCGGAUUGAUUUGUGCCAUUGUUGCUCUUACUGAAGCCAUUGCUGUUGGAAGGUCUUUUGCUUCCAUAAGAGGCUAUCACCUUGAUGGGAACAAGGAAAUGAUGGCCAUGGGGUUCAUGAACAUUGCAGGAUCAUUCACUUCUUGCUAUGCUGCAACUGGUUCAUUCUCACGGACUGCUGUGAAUUUCACUGCUGGCUGUGAAACUGUGGUAUCAAAUAUGGUGAUGGCCAUUACAGUGCUCAUAUCACUAGAGUUGUUCACAAGACUAUUAUACUUCACUCCCAUCGCCAUCCUGGCUUCGAUCAUCUUAUCUGCUCUUCCUGGACUGAUCGACAUUAAUGAAGCUUACAACAUUUGGAAGGUCGAUAAACUAGACUUCCUUGCUUGUAUUGGUGCCUUCUUCGGCAUCUUAUUUGGAUCAGUGGAGAUUGGUCUUUUAGCCGCGGUUACAAUCUCAUUUGCAAAGAUAAUACUGAACUCCAUUAGACCUGGUAUAGAAGUCCUAGGGAGGCUUCCAAGAACAGAUAUCUUCUGUAACAUCAGACAAUAUCCCAUGGCCAUUACAACUCCAGGCACCCUCAUAAUACGUAUCAACUCUGGUUCACUUUGUUUUGCAAACGCCAAUUUCAUAAGAGAAAGGAUCAUGAGGUUAGUGAGAGAAGAGGAUGAAAUUGAAGAAAAUGCAAAGGAAAGGAUUCAUGCAUUAAUCUUAGACAUGUCAAAUGUGAUGAACAUUGACACUUCGGGAAUCCUUACAUUAGAAGAACUACAGAACAAGACGGUCACGCAAGGCAUAGAAUUGGCUAUGGCAAAUCCAAGAUGGCAAGUGAUUCAUAAGCUGAAGUUGGCAAAAUUUGUCGAUAAAAUUGGGAAAGGAUCGGUGUUCCUCACUGUUUGUGAAGCUGUAGAUGCUUCCCUUAACAGGAAAAUGAUCGGUCGGGGCAAUUGUUGAAGGCUCAUAUCCUUUCUAUAUGUGUAGCGUUUUGGUGGUGAUAUUGACCAUAAUGAUAGUAAAGAAUCGGACCAAAUGCAACUUAAGUUGCAAGAAGGAGGGAGAACCGUAUUGUUAUAAUAAGAUCAACUAUUUUAUUUUAAUUUCUCAUUUUUUUAGCAUAGCC